AUGUUCAUCGGCAUACUCUUCACGGUCGCUAUCAUCCUCCCCGCUGCCACAGCUUCAACUUACAAGCCUACCACCUCAUGCGCCACCUGCGAAUCGAGGGUCCACGAGUGUAUCAAGAUGUGCAAGGACAGGUAUGAGGAUGACAUGUCACUCGCCUGCAAGGUCGCCUGCGAGUGCAAGGUCUCCAAGCAGAAGAAAGACUGCGCCGAGAAGUGCGGAUUGGGCUGUGAGAGCGAGAUUGGAAAGACCGAUGCUCGGAUUGGAGCGAAUGAGGAGUAG